AUGUCCGACUCCCAAGACCUGGAGGAGGUGGCACGGGCUGCAUUGGCGGCUGGGCAGCGGCGCCAAGCUGCAGCCAAGCUUCUGCUGCAGAAGUCCGCGAAAGCUGCUCCAGCGGCCUCGCCUUGCAAGGCAAAUAAGGACCAGCCCUUGGCGACUCCGAUGAAGGAACCAGCAGCCGGAAAGCGAGCACGCGAGCCCAGAAGCAGCCCUGCCAACACGGUGACCCCCAGUACCAAAACCCCGGAUCCCAAGCAGAUCAAGACAGAGGAUGUUGCCAUGACCCCGAAGAAAACACUGUUUGAUGAAGGUAUCGGCAAAGGUUUGAGUACUGGAUCCCUGGAAUCCGAGAUUGCCACCCCAGCUGUGGUCCGGCAGGCUCGCGAGGUGGCUGGGUUGAACAAAGGCGUUUCGGAGGCUUUCUUGGAUACCGUGCCCGACGACCCUGAGCCUGAUGUCCUGGCGAUUUGUAAAGACCUCGAGACCCAGAUGACAUUCACGGCAAAGCAGAUCCCGGAUUCUGGCAGCAAGAACAGUGGCCCUUCGACUACAGAUGUGCCUGCAGCGGUGGUGCCGAACAAUGAUGAGGCGAAGCAGAUCCCAGAUUCUGCCAGCAAGAACAGUACUGGCCCAAGCCUAGCGCCUGCAGCGGUGGUGCCGAACGAGGCGAAGCAGAUCCCGGAUUCUGCCAGCAAGAACAGUGGCUCUUCUUCGACUACAGGUGUGCCUACAGCGGUGGUGCCGAACGAUGAGGCGGAGCAGAUCUUGGAAUCUGCCAGCAAGAACAGUGGCCCUGAGUCGGAUGCGCCGGCUUUGAAGGUGGAGCUACAGCAGGCGAGCCAGCUACUGGAGGCACUGAAGCAAGUUGCUCCGGGUGCCACUCAGGCAAGUCUUCUACGCCCUGGAACCAUCGAUUUUGCAGAGCUCAUCCAGCAGAUGCAAAACCUGCAAGCUUCGCAGCAUGGUGGAUCAGGGUCCAGUCCGGAAAUUGCGCUCAGCCAGGAUGAGGCCUCGAAAAGGUCGGCUGACGAUGGCGAGAAGGUCCACUCGGAUGCCAAGUCCAUGCCUCCUCCUUCGUCGAUUCCUGUGAAGAGGCCGCCCCAGGAGGUUUUGCCCGCCACGAGGCCGAACUCCCCAGCCCCGCCCUCGCUGGCACAACGGGCUGCAGCUGAGCCUGCUCCGGAAGUUCAGCAAGACUUGGAGGCUGCUGCGAAGGAUAUCCAGGAAACCAAUGGCCGUGCCUGCUGGAUGCGAUUCUCAAGAUCCCUCGAAGGACCCGAUUGCCCACUAGCCAUCACGCUCGAGCUGAAGCGCUUGACCGUGAACGGCAAGAGAAACAAGAAGAAACUUCAUGAGCUCUUUGACGAGUUCGUCAUGAGUGGCGAGAAUUGGGGUGCGAGUCGUGUGCAAGCCGUGUACCAGUGGAUGGAAGCGACUUCGAACCAGAAUGUUUGGCGGUGGAUGACUCGUAAGGCACUCUUCCGCCUCUACGAAGAUGAGAAGCUGGUUGAUGCACUGGUGGAAGAGAAGGAGCAAGACCCCCUCUCGUGGAAGUACCACCCGGAUUUCCCGCAGAAGAAAGUGCACCGGUCGCAUUCUAGUGAGAUGAGGUUGUUCAAAUGCUGGGUGGAUGCUACGGAAACCAAAGAGCAGAUGCAGAAGUACCAGAUGGAUUUCAUUCGCGAAGGCAAAGCAUCCGACAAUGCGUUUGUGCCCACCGAUGAUGAUCAGCAGCAGGGAGAUGACGACACCGACUCACAGGGCGGCAACAAAAAGAACAACAAGAAUAAGGAGAACCCCAGGACGAUUAAGGCUGUGGUGACGUGCAACACGUACCUCCUGGAGAUCAAAGGGGGCCCGGAGCUGGUGGAUGCAUUAUGUGCAACCAUGAACACCCAUGGUGCCGUGCUGAAGCAGUACGUGGAGCAAAUGCAGGCCAAGAAGGGAGGGAACAGCGCCGGUCCCAAGGCGACGGGCAAAUCAAAGGCGAAGGCCAAAGCUCGACAGCAAGGGGUAGAUGCAAUAGAUCAUGUGGCCGCAGAUGCAGACGGUGCGAAAAAGGAUGAUGUGGCUUGA